AAGCCCAAUUAAAUAAUAUUAAAAUCAAAGAUACAGAGGGAGAAGAAGAGACGUAUGUGACUGAUAUGAAGGCAGAAGAUAUAGAUGGAGAAGAAGAGACGUAUGUGACUGAUAUAAAGGCAGAAGAUAUAGAUGGAGAAGAAGAGACAUAUGUGACUGAUAUAAAGGCAGAAGAUAUAGAGGGAGAAGAAGAGAUGUAUGUGACUGAUAUAAAGGCAGAAGAUAUAGAGGGAGAAGAAGAGACAUAUGUGGCUGAUAUAAAGGCAGAAGAUAUAGAGGGAGAAGAAGAGACGUAUGUGACUGAAAUAAAGGCAGAAGAUAUAGAUGGAGAAGAAGAGACGUAUGUGAGGGGUGUUCAGCAAUGUAAGAAGGAGGAGAUCCCUACAGAUAUCAGCACAGAUGGACACACAAGCAGGAAUAUCACAGAAGGACAUCUAAUGUUAUCCCCGGAUUGUGACAUAACAGUUAAUGACAGUAGACAGGAUUCUCCAGGAGCUAACCCCAUUACCCCAAUUAUACAUCCAGCUCUAUCAGCUGAUCCCCCUGAUCCUGGGAAAUGUUCUCCUGAUCACUCUGAUAUUGGUGCAUCUGUUACAGCUCUGACAGUAGAUACAGAGUUUCCGUGUUCUAUAGAUGCCAAAUGUUUUACACAGGACACAAAGCGUAUUAACCCACACACAGGUAAGGCAGGUGAGAGGCCACUGAUCAGUUCUGAGUGUGGGAAAUGUUUUACAUACAAAUCACAAUUUGUUAGACAUCAGAGAAGUCACACAGGUGAGAGGCCAUUUCCAUGUUCUGAGUGUGGGAAAUGUUUUGCACACAAAUCAGAUCUUGUUAUACAUCACAGAAGUCACACAGGUGAGAAGCUAUUUUCUUGCUCUGAGUGCGGGAAAUGUUUUACACGGAAAUCACAUCUUGUUGACCAUCACAGAAGUCACGCUGGUGAGAAGGCAUUUCCAUGUUCUGAGUGUGGGAAAUGUUUUACACGGAAAUCAGAUCUUGUUAUACAUCACAGAAGUCACACAGGUGAGAAGCCAUUUCCAUGUUCUGAGUGUGGGAAAUGUUUUGCACAGAAAUUAUAUCUUGUUAUACAUCACAGAAGUCACACAGGUGAGAAGCUAUUUUCUUGCUCUGAGUGCGGGAAAUGUUUUACACGGAAAUCAGAUCUUGUUGGACAUUACAGAAGUCACACAGGUGAGAAGCCAUUUUUUUGCUCUGAAUGCGGGAAAUGUUUUACAUACAAAUCAGAUCUUGUUAUACAUCAGAGAAGUCAAACAGGUGAGAAGCCAUUUUCUUGCUCUGAGUGCGGGAAAUGUUUUACACAGAAAUCACAUCUUGUUACACAUCAGCAAAGUCACACAGAUGAGAAGGCAUUUCCAUGUUCUGAGUGUGGGAAAUGUUUUGCACACAAAUCAGAUCUUGUUAUACAUUACAGAAGUCACACAGGUGAGAAGCUGUUUUCUUGCUCUGAGUGCGGGAAAUGUUUUACACGGAAAUCAGAUCUUGUUGGACAUCACAGAAGUCACACAGGUGAGAAGCCAUUUUCUUGCUCUGAGUGCGGGAAAUGUUUUACACGGAAAUCAGAUCUUGUUGGACAUCACAGAAGUCACACAGGUGAGAAACCAUUUCCAUGUUCUGAGUGUGGGAAAUGUUUUACACGGAAAUCAGAUCUUGUUAUACAUCACAGAAGUCACACAGGUGAGAAACCAUUUCCAUGUUCUGAGUGUGGGAAAUGUUUUACACACAAAUCACAUCUUGUUACACAUCAGAGAAGUCACACACGUGAGAAGCCAUUUCCAUGUUCUGAGUGUGGGAAAUGUUUUGCACACAAAUCAUAUCUUGUUAUACAUCACAGAAGUCACACAGGUGAGAAGCCAUUUUCUUGCUCUGAGUGCGGGAAAUGUUUUUCAAGGAAAUCAGAUCUUGCUAGACAUCACAGAAGUCACACAGGUGAGAAGGCAUUUCCAUGUUCUGAGUGCGGAAAAUGUUUUACACAAAACUCACAUCUUGUUAAACAUCAGCGAACUCACACAGGUAAGAGGCCAUUUCUAUACUCUGAGAAAUAAAUCAGCUCUUGUUGCACACAAUAGAUAUCACUCAGGUGAGGAACCAUUUUAAUCUGGAGUAUUCUCAUCAUUGCCAUGCGUUGUUCUUCAAGGUUCCUAUCCUAUCUCCUAUGCUUUUUGCAAUAUACAUGUUACCACUGGGUGAAAUAAUCAGAUGUCAUGUCCUCAUCUACCACUGCUAUGCAGAUGACUUGUCUCUUGCUCCGGGUACUGAGAACCCAGUACAAAUCCUAAAUGGUUGUCUAGCUGAGCUCCAGGUGUGGGUGAUGCCAGUUGGCUGUGACUCAGUCCUGGUGAAACAGGUCUAUAUGGUAAAAGCUCACCAACAAAGGGCAGGGCUACAGCUCAGCUUUGCAAACCAACCAGACUUGUGCUUGGGGGUCAGAGUUACAAAAUGCUGUUCCUGUGCGGAAUCUUGGUGUCCUGGAUGGUGGAAUGACACUUAGACAUCGAUAUCUGCCACAACCAGAUCCUCAUCUGAGGAACAUUGCCAGACUCCAGCACUUAUUUCCCUCAGAAGAUCUACCUACAGUCAUACAUGUACUUGUAUCAUCACGCAUAGACUACUGCAAUGUCCUCUACCUGGGUCUCCCAGCAAUAGAAUUGCACCGGUUGUAGCUUGUACAGAAUGCAGCAGCCAGGCUGUUACUUAACCAGCCCGUUCCUGCCACAUAACACCCAUUCUCUGCUCCCUUCACCGGCUGCCUGUAAGAUGGUGACUCUAUUACAUAAUCUGACUCUCCCAGCCCUACAUGACCAGGGUCCAUGGUACCAGAAGCAGCUUCUGCCUCCUUACUGCCCGGCUUUCUUACUUCCACCUGCAGAUGAAGGACUGUUACCAGCAGUACCAAGAGUCCCCAAGCAGUUCUGAGAUGUCAGGGGGCAGAGAGGGUGGUGGCACUAAUGCUGUAGCGGGAGCUGCCAGAGGCACUGUCUGUGGGUAAUAUUGUCCCCAAGCAGCGCUAAGGUGUCAGAGGGGAGACAGGGCAGUAGAGGGUGGAGGCAGGGUGGGUGGUUGCAGUAGUGGGGGGCGA